ACACCCUCACCUGUUGGGCGCGUCUGCUUUGCAGGUCUCUCCUCUCUGACUGCGGACAGCACAAUCAGGAACUGCAAAGGAAAAUGGGCAGAAAGAGACCCUAACUCUCUCCCCCUACCCUAAAAAAAAACACCCACUGACAGGGACGGAAACGGGAGAGGAAAUGAAAGAUACCAACGCAGAAGUUGGAGGACAAACGGACCAAAGCGGUAAACCUGAGAAGCAGCAGACUUGGAUCAAAAAGAUCAUCAAGAAAAGAGUCUGCACCACCUUUGUGGAGGAUUCUUCCAGUAAUGAAGCACUAUGUCAGUGUGGGGGAGCGAGAGAAGCCCACUCCUCCGUGGCUCUCGGCGACUAUUUCAGCACAGCCAUUGUGAACCACUGGGACAGCGCCCAACACUCGUCUGAAUAUCCAACCGAUGCUUUUGGAGAAGUGAAAUUUGGAGGAGCCAGCAAGAGACACAGCUAUUUUGUCCGCCUGUCAUGGGACACCAAGCCGCUUGUCGUCUACAGCUUGAUGACGAAUCACUGGAAACUCUCCAAACCAAACCUGGUGGUUUCUGUUGUGGGGGGAGAGGGCAGAACAAAGGUGAAGACCUGGGUGAGGGAAGUCAUCAGACAGGGACUCGUGAAAGCUUCACAAAGAGCAGGGGCGUGGAUCCUGACAACAGGCCUACGUGAAGGCGUUGGCAAGUGUGUUGGUGAGGCAGUUCGAGAUCACGCUACCGCAGCCUCAUCAGACUCCCUCAACAAGGUGUUGGCUGUAGGCAUCGCUCCAUGGGGCUUAGUACACCAACGAGAGAAACUCGUAAACCCUCAGGGCAGCUUUCCUGCAGAGUACUUUGUACAAAACCCAGUUCGGGAUUCCUGCAGUCUGGACAAAAACUACCAGGCCUUCCUGCUGGUGGAUGAUGGGAGUGUUGGCCGCAGAGGUGGAGACAUGAUCUUCAGAACCAAACUGGAGGACUACAUCUCCCACCAGCCCACAGGAAUAUGGGGUAGUGGCACAAUUGACAUCCCUGUUCUUUGCAUGUUGAUAUCAGGAGACGCAAGCCUUUUAGAGAGAGUGGAUCUUUCUCUGAAGAACUCAAAGCCUUGGCUGGUGCUGGCUGGCUCUGGAGGCCUUGCAGACUUCCUGACAGAUCUCCUGGAAAAUGUGUCCUCUGCCCCAGUUCUCCAGUCCUCCAGUGAAGGGGAUGGUGAGCCCGGUCCAAGUGUGGAUCUGAAAGAGAAAGUUUCAGAGCGGGUCAAGAAGCACUUUCCUAUGGAAUCAGACACUGACAAACAUAUAGAAAGGGCUCUAAGUAUCUAUCAAAAUAGAGACCUGAUUUUAAUUCACCAUGGAGAGCAGGAGAGCCCAACGGACUUUGACACUGUCCUCCUGAAAGCUUUGGUUGGAGCAAGUAAACACUGUGCAUCAGUCGAGGACAGUCCUUACAGUGAAGAGCUUAAACUAGCAGUUGCAUGGAACCGGGUGGACAUUGCCAAGAGUGAACUUUUCAAUGGAGACAUUAAUUGGGAGUAUGAUGACCUGAUUGAUUCCAUGACGGAUGUCCUGAUCAAUGAUAAACCCCAGUUUGUGCAGCUUUUCACUGAGAAUGGCCUAAACAUUGCACAAUACCUGACUUAUGGCAGACUGGAACAGCUUUACAGCUCUAUUCCUGAUUCAACGCUGUUAUACCAGCUGCUGCAGCGCAGAUUAGUGGUCAGACUUGGAACUACAACAACAGUGCCUGCAGCACCUAGUGAGCCAAAUUCACCCUCUAAAUAUCCAGAUAACCCUGUGAGUGGACCAAUGACAGACAUAACUCUUUUUGAGGUGUCAGGUGUCCUGGAUUUAUUGUGGGGUGAUAUCUGCCAGCCGUUAUACUAUGAUGUUUUGGGCAUAGCGGAUAUCAGUUCCAAAAGGAAAGCUCUCAAGCGUGCAAGUAAGCUGCUGCGUGAAGAUCGCAGAUAUCAGAACAGGCGCUGCUCUUUCCCCUGGGCUUCACUCUUCAUCUGGGCUGUUCUGCAGAACCGCAGUGAAAUGGCCACUUUCUUCUGGGAGAUGGCAGGAGAGACGGUGCUUACUGCUUUAAGUGGCUGUAAAAUCCUUCGAGAACUGUCCAAGCUGGAGUCGGAAAAUGAAAUGAAACUCUCUAUGAAAGAAUUGGCCCUCACGUUUGAGAACCGGGCACAUGAUAUCUUCAGCUCUUGCUAUCGCAGCAAUGAAAAUCGCUCCUUUGAUCUGCUGAUAAUGAAAUCUGCUGUUUGGGGAGGCACCACCUGUUUACAGAUGGGCAUGAGUGCUGAUGCAAGAACUUUCUUCAGCCAUGAUGGAGUGCAGUCUCUCUUGUCCCAGAUCUGGUGGGGUGACAUGCAGAGAGACACGGAGGUCUGGAAGCUUCUGCUCACUUUUUUCUGCCCUUUCCUCUGUUACACAGACUUAAUUUCUUUCAGGGAAACAAUUAACCAAGAGGAAGAACAAAAUGGUGAAGAUAAGCCAAGUCAAGAUGCACACAGUCACUAUGGAACAACUGUCUUCUCUUACUCUGAAAUCAAGGACAUGGAAGCUGACGGAGAGGCCCACAUUCCCGGAACUCCUAUCAGCAGAGAUGUCCCUGAAAUCUACACCCCACCAAAGCGUCCGUUCAUAUUGUCCCGCUGGCGUCAGUUCUGGUUUGCUCCAGUCACAGCCUUCAUGGGGAACGUUUUGAUGUACUUCCUCUUUCUCCUCCUGUAUGCGUAUGUUCUGUUGGUGGACUUCAAGCCGCCACCUCCAUCUGGUCCAGCCAUAACGGAGUACAUUCUGUACUUCUGGGUCUUCACCAUGGUGUGUGAGGAGAUAAGAGAGACCUUCUUUUCAGGGGUGAUGAACUGGCGUCAGAGGCUCCGAGUCUACAUUCAGGAUGUUUGGAAUAAGUUUGACCUCCUUGCUAUUACUCUUUUCAUCUUGGGAUUAGUUGGCAGGAUGUUUCGGUGGACUCUUGAGUUUGGAAGGGAAGUCUUGUGCGUGGGCUUCAUGGUCUUUACUCUUCGUCUCAUUCACAUUUUUGCCAUUCACAAAGAGCUUGGGCCAAAAAUUAUCAUUGUUGGCAAAAUGGUGAAAGAUGUCUUCUUCUUCCUCUUUUUCCUGGGAGUGUGGAUCAUGGCGUAUGGCGUAACAAAUCAGGCUUUACUUUACUCCUACGAUCCUGAGUUAGAUCGUAUCCUUCGUAGAGUUUUCUACAGGCCUUACCUGCACAUAUAUGGACAGAUUCCUGUGGAGGAGGUAGAUGUUAAAAAAGAUUGGGAUGUUGAAUGCACAACCAACCUGACACUGAUUGAAGGAGGUUCAGAACCAUGCAGAACAUCAUUGAGUAACUGGUUAGUUGUCAUUCUGCUGGUCGUUUACCUUCUGGUAACCAACAUCCUUCUCAUCAACCUGCUCAUUGCAAUGUUUAGCAACACUUUCACUGAAGUGCAAGCGAACAGCGAGUCUUACUGGAAGUUUCAACGUUACAACCUGAUUGUUCAGUAUCACUCCAGACCGUCACUGGCUCCUCCCUUCAUCAUCCUCUCCCACAUCAAUCUCUUUAUCAAGAGGAAGAUCCGAAAAGUGCCCUCGGUCAAAGUUCAGCACUUUGUUUUGCAGUUAAAUAGGAAGGAUGCCAACAGAUUAAUGACAUGGGAAACCAUCCAAAAGGAAGAUUUUCUGUCGGCCCAAAACAAAAUCCAGAAAAGCAGCGACUCUGAGAGGCUUAAAAGGAUGUCGGUCAAGAUGGAUGGUGUUGCUAAACAUAUGAGUGAAAACAGAGACUUUGACCAGAGACUUCGGGUUCUCGAGAAUGAGAUGGAAAACUGCUCAAAUGCCCUGAGGUGGAUUGUGGAUACUUUAGCUCAAAGUGGUACAUUUAAGCCCCCCCGACCGCCACCUACAUUCAGAGAUGUUGUUCCCAGUUCUUCCAGUUCAUCAUAAAUCCUUGUUGACAGCAUUUGUGAGCCAGAAAGGAUUGGCCUGAAAGGGAAAUGACACACUAACAGCUGGUUAAGGCAACAAACUGUUAACACUUGUUUCCACCCAUCAUUAUCAUUAAAUUAAAAAGAAAA